CAGUCGCAUGUUUCGAAUUGUUCGUGAAUAUAUCUUAGAACGAAUGGAUACAAAAGUAUCAAUUUCAGACAUAAAUGUAUCGAUAGUAUCAAAAUGUCAGUGUAACAUCACUACUAAAAAUAGUCCGACUAAAUUCAACAAAAAUCAACGAGUGUCUAAUGGAAAAUCCCACGCAGUGGAUUGAAUUUUGAACUUCGGAGUUGGGUGCCACAAUACUCGAAUCGAUCCGAGCAUAAAAAUUCCUCAGGAUCUCUGAUUACUGCGAUCUUGUUUCUUGUUUUUUUCCUUUUCAUUUUGCGGAAUAUUAAAACAGGUUCUUUGGAUUCCGGAAUCUUGGAUUCUCGACGUUCGAGAGCCACUAUUGAUCCGAAUAGCGAUCGAUAUCGAGCGAAUCGUUCCUCAAUCUCGAGCGGUGCAUAGCUCAGCGUAGUUUUACGAGCCGCUCGUCCUUAUUGCCUGCGUGAGGAGUUCAGUGCACCGCGGGCGCAUCGCGACUCGGAAUAAGAAUAAGCCGAAUCUCUCUAUUGAUUCACCUGGAAACCAAAUCGAUAUCCGUGCGCGGCACAGGCGCUCACUUCGUUACGGAUCGGCCAACUUUCCUUCAAUCGAGUUGAGUUCGUCGCCCGUUUAAGCAAACUCUGCCAAAUCCGGCAACUUGAAAACGCGCUCUGGAUUUUUCCGCGGCCCGAGAAGUAUUUACAGUUCCACCAAAAAUCACGAUUCCGCGAGAAUUCGUCAGCGGCUGAAGGGAAUAUUCCGAUCUUGCGAGAUUACGUCCGUUAAAUCAAUCACGAGCUUAAUUUCCUAUCGAAUCAAUUUAAUGUAACGUUUAAUUAUUAAGUAUUUUCUAUCGGCUUUGAAAGGUGCGUGUAAACGUUUUUCAUCUCGUCGUGAGAAGAUGCGAGAGAUCGAUAUUGCCCAUCAAUUUUGAAAAGUGGCCAAGACUUUUGAUCAUUGGGUUUGAAAAUGAAUAAGAAAAUCAAUUUGUUUACGGAGGAUGAAAACUUGGAGUUCCUCGGAGACCUUUGGGAUCCGAAAGAUCCUUCAAAGAAGGCGGAAGAGAAGCCUGUGACUCGGAAGUAUCGCACAAAGCAUAUGAAGCAGUUUCCGGAAUUAUACCGAAGCGAUGUCUCGAUUCACCCCAGCUACACUGGCCUGAAAAAAUUGCCAUACCACGUGGUCUGCAGGCAUCGUGUGCAAAGGAUCAGGCGACAAAUCUUCCGGCAGCUAAAUCGCGAGAUCGAACACUUCGCGAUGAUACAGAUGUUCGCCCUCGACGGCGUGAGGAUCGAUCGUGUCUUCAGUGUCGGCAUGUCGGCGAAAUCGUUGAUCGUGCCGGAUCCAUUAACGGAGAAAGAGAGACGUCGACUGAACGAUCUCCUCCGAGAUACCUGAGGAACUCUGUGCAAUUUGAUA